AUGAUUUCUUUUGCAGAGCUCGCACAACUGAACCUCUCACCAGAAAUCCUGGCAGAGCUUCAAAAGUACGCAACACCGACCGGUAUUGCUGAUUAUGCUGCCUUGGCCAUCAUCGUCGGUGUCUCAGCAGGAUACCUCUCUCGAGGAAUCCUCUGGGACAAGGUUGAUCCACAUUAUCAUCUCUAUUUCGAGCGUCCACAACUGAAGAAUGGCGACCAGACUGGCGCGAGUUUCAAGGAGACCAGAAACAUUGCACAGAAGAUGGAAGAGACUGGGAAGAACGUUGUCGUUUUCUGGGGAUCACAAUCCGGUACCGCUGAGGGCUUUGCCAAUCGCCUGGCCCGAGAGAUUUCCAUUCGCUGGGGCCAGGGAUGUAUGUCGGCAGAUCUUUCAGACUAUGAUCCAGUGACCGUUUCGGAGAUUCCGAAUACAAAAUUGGCCAUUUUUAUUGUUUCUACUUACGGCGAAGGUGAUCCGGCUGACAAUACUGCGGAGUUCUGGAGCUGGAUUACCAAGGCUAGCGAUGUCUCGCUAGCUAAUCUUCAAUAUACUGCCUUUGGUCUGGGCAACACCAACUACAAGUUCUACAACAAAGUUAUCGAUGUCAUUGUGGAAGGUUUGGAGAAGUUUGGUGCCAAAGCCCUGAUGCCAGUCGGUAAAGCCAAUGAUGCCGAAGGUGCCACCGAAGAAGACUUUAUGACUUGGAAAGAUAGUCUGUUUGCAGUUUUCAAAGACAAACUAGGCUUCAAGGAAGUGGAAUCCAAGUAUGUUCCAAGCCUGAAGGUCGAGGAGGAUGAGUCAUUGGAGCCUAUCGACCUUCACCACGGAGAACCGAAUGAUCAGAUCGAUGCCCCCAAGGGAGCCGCUCAAUCGUCACCCGUUCGAAGCUUGAGCAUUACCAGCUCUCGAGAGCUAUUCACCUCAUCCGACCGCAACUGUAUCCACAUGGACGUGGAUCUCAGCAAUCAGCCUGAGUUGACGUACAAGACCGGUGACCACCUUGCCAUCUGGCCUGCCAACCCAGAUUCAGAAGUUGAGCGUCUACUCGACACCCUCGGUAUUUCUUCACACCGUGAUAUCCCAGUCAUCAUCAGACCCGUCGAUCCAGCGACCAAGAUUACCCUCCCAACCCCAACCAGCACCAUCGCUCUUCUCCGCUACUACCUGGAGAUCUGUGCCCCCGUCAACCGAGACAAUGUCCGCGAUCUCGCCCAGUUCGCACCUACAUCCCAAGCAAAGACUUACUUGACCCAGCUAGGCCAGGACAAAGACUACUACGCAGGGAUCAUCAACCGCACCCACCUCAACCUCGGCCGCCUCUUACAGCUCGCCUGUCCCGACCAACCAUGGACGAACAUCCCCCUCUCCUACCUGGUCGAGACAAUCCCACACAUCCGUCCUCGCUACUACUCCAUUUCCUCCAGCAGUGUAGUCUCUCCCCGAAAACCCUCUAUCACGGCCAUCGUAUCUACAAACCCCCUCCCAGAGAACCCAACCGAGUUGGUUCACGGCAUUACAUCAAACUACCUCCUCGCCAUCUCCCGAAACGCCCAGUCCCAACCUCACCCGCACGGCCUAACAUACCACCUAAAUGGACCCAGCAACGCCCUCGAAGGAGGCAAGAUAUUCGCCCACAUCCGCCGAAGCAAGUUCAAACUCCCCAUAACAGCGAAAACGCCAUUAAUAAUGGUCGGCGCCGGAACAGGCCUGGCGCCCUUCCGAGCAUUCCUUUCCGAGCGGUGCCAGGUACAGAAGAUCGGAAAGGAAAUCGGACCAAUGCUUCUCUUUUUUGGAUGUCGGGACCCUGAUGAGGAUUUUAUUUACCGGGACGAACUUGCGGAGAUGCAGAGUACUUUAGGGGAGAAAUUGAGGGUGGUCACAGCGUUCUCGAGACAGACGCCACGGCGAUACGUACAGGAUCGGGUUUCUGAGCUUGGGGCAGAUGUUGUGCAGUUCAUUGAUGAUGGAGCGAGUUUCUAUAUUUGUGGCAGGGCUGGGAUGGCCCGGGAAGUGGAGAAGGUUGUUGGGGCGAGCAUGCAAGAGGCUAAGGGGUGGUCGGGAGAUGAGGCUAGUAAUUGGAGUAAAGCUGUUAAGAAGAAGAAUAAGUGGCAAGAGGACGUUUGGGGGUGA